CACUAUAGCAGCGAUCUCCGUCCAACUGCAAAACAGCUCUGGAGACCAUCAGUUGGGAUUUUAGAGCUUGGCAUUCUAAAUGCUGUGGGACUUCACCCCAUGAAAACACGAGAUGGGAGGGGAACUUCAGAUACAUAUUGUGUGGCAAAAUAUGGUCAAAAAUGGGUCAGGACACGAACCAUUGUUGACAACUUGUCUCCAAAAUAUAACGAGCAGUACACAUGGGAGGUUUUUGAUCCAGCUACAGUUGUCACUGUGGGUGUAUUUGACAACAGCCAGCUUGGAGAGAAGGGUUCAAAUGGUAAUAAGGACCUGAAGAUUGGCAAGGUUCGAAUUCGCAUCUCCACUCUAGAAACUGGUCGCAUAUAUACACACUCUUAUCCCCUGCUAGUUCUUCAUCCUUCUGGAGUUAAAAAGAUGGGGGAAUUGCAUAUGGCAAUACGAUUUUCAUGCACAUCUUUUGCAAACAUGCUUUAUUUGUACUCCCGACCACUUUUGCCUAAGAUGCACUAUGUGAGGCCAUUCUCCCUGAUGCAACUAGACAUGUUACGCCACCAAGCUGUAAACAUAGUGGCAGCAAGAUUAGGUCGUGCAGAACCUCCACUUCGGAAGGAGGUGUUAGAGUACAUGUCUGAUGUGGACUCACAUCUUUGGAGUAUGCGCCGCAGCAAGGCAAAUUUCUUCAGGCUUAGGACAGUUUUCUCCGGAUUAUUCUCUGUUGGGAGAUGGUUCGGCGACAUUUGUAUGUGGAGAAAUCCUAUUACAACCGUGCUUGUCCAUGUGCUCUAUCUUAUGCUUGCUUGCUUCCCCGAGUUGAUUUUACCCACAGUUUUCCUUUACAUGUUUCUAAUAGGGAUAUGGAACUUCAGGUACCGGCCAAGGUACCCUCCGCACAUGAACACAAAGAUUUCACAAGCUGAGGCAGUUCACCCUGAUGAACUUGAUGAGGAAUUUGACUCAUUUCCCACCAGCCGAAGCCCUGACCUGGUGAGAAUGAGGUACGAUCGACUGAGAAGUGUGGCUGGUAGAAUUCAAACUGUGGUAGGUGAUGUGGCAACCCAAGGGGAAAGGUGUCAGGCAUUGUUAAGCUGGCGAGACCCACGUGCCACUGCCAUAUUUGUCACAUUCUGCCUUGUUGCUGCACUGGUAUUGUUUGUGACACCAUUUCAGGUGAUAGCAGCAUUGGCAGGGUUCUGGGUGAUGAGGCAUCCAAGAUUUCGUCGUAGGAUGCCAUCAGUGCCCAUUAACUUCUUCCGUCGGCUGCCUUCCAGGACAGAUAGUAUGUUGUAAAUUGGACACUGGAUAUCUUUGGUUGGGGUAUCAGAACUUGUAAGUGCUUCAGCCAACUUCUUUAAACUAUUGCUGUUUCCUGCUGCAUUUCAUGCUUACUAACAUGUUAUGGUCAUCGAAGUUGUUGGUUGGAUAGACC